AUGACGGGCACAGUUCUGAUUACCGGCGCAAACGGUUCGCUGGCUUUGCCGGCAGUGAAAUACUUGUUGGAAGCAUAUCCAUCCUUCAACCUGGUCCUCACCGUCCGAGACGAUUCUCAACAAGAUGCGAACACGGCAGAACUUUGUCGUGUUGUGGACCAGCACCCUGAGGUGCAAGUUUCUAUACGAAAACUCGACCUCUCAUCGCUGGAAAACGUCCGUGUAUUCAGCAAGGCGCUACGCCUUGAAAUCGAGGGUAAAAAGCUGCCAUUUAUCCGCACGAUCAUCUGUAACGCGAUGACCUGGAAUUUGGCCGACGGGCCCCAGUAUUCAAAGGACGGAUACGAAAUGUCGAUUGCGGUGAACCAUCUUGCGCAUUUCUCUUUGUUGUGCGAGCUUCUCAGUACCGUGGACCCCGUACAUGGCCGCAUCGUCUUUUCAGGGAGUUGCGCGCAUUGGCCGGACAAAGCUAGUCUCGUCAAGGGGUAUCCGACUCAUGUGCCGGAAGACCUAGAUUUAUUGGUUCACCCCAAAGCCGACAACGAGGGCGAGGAACUGGGACGAGGUUUCCAAAGAUAUGCUGUGAGUAGGCUGGUCCCCAUCAUGGUCAUGUACGAGCUCAAUCGUCGCCUCAAGAUCAAAAGAGAAACGGAGUCUAUCAGGGCAAUAGCCGUUGAUCCUCUCGAUAUGAUCAAUUCGCGGGCUUUCCAUCAGCCACACGUCCCACGAAAAAUCCAGAUCAUGUCUACAGUUGUGACUUGGCUGUUGCCGUUGCUCAGUUACUUUGUCCCUCGAUUGGUAACAGUUGAGCAAGCUGCGAUAGCCUUUGUCGAUGUGGCAGUGGCCGAUAAGUUUGCAGGGCAAGAGGGUUACUUUGAAGGGAAGGAGAAAGUCAAGAGCUCUCCGGACAGCUUGGAUGUAGACAUGCAACAAGCGCUAUGGCGCAAGAGCGCCGAGUGGUGCGGGCUGGACAAAGAGAGUCUGGUAAUCGAUCUGUGA